AUGAAGCUCAUCAUCGCCGGCUCAACCGGCUUCCUAGCCACAGAACUAACCCGCCAAUCCCUCUCCAACCCCCUCAUCACCUCCCUCAUCACCCUCGGCCGGAAACCCUGCCCCCCGCCCGACCCAUCCACCCUCCUCCCAAACGCCGACCUCUCCAAACUCAAAUCUGUCAUCCUCGAGGAUUUCGACAGAGAUGACUACCCCGACAACAUCAAAUCCGACCUCUCCAACGCAAACGCCUGCAUCUGGACCAUAGCCAUCACCCCCGCCCAGCUCAAGACCGUGCCCUGGGAGACAACGGUCAAGGUCUGCCGUGACUACGCCGUGACUGGGAUCAAGGUGAUCUCCUCCUUGACGGAUAAAAGGCUGUUUAGAUUUGUCUAUGUCAGUGGUGCCAACGCUGUGCGGGAUCCGGCAAAGAAGCCGUUGUUGUUGGGCGAUUAUUGCGUUCUCCGCGGCGAGGCGGAAAACAAGAUCUUGGAGUUUGGGAAAACAUCUGGGGGAAGGGUGGAGGUGGCGAUUGCG